GGGUGGGCUGCCCCACCAGGUUUGGGGCGCCCGCCCCCCGCUAGGCCAAGUGGAGGGGGUGUCCCCGCCCAAUGGGCCUGGCCAGGGCCCUGCGCCGCCUGAGCGGCGCCCUGGAGUCGGCAAACAAUCGGGCGGGAGAUGAGGAGCAGGCCGGGCCGGAGCUGUGCCGCAACGGGUGGGCGCCAGCGCAGUCGCCAGUGGGGAGGCGCCGCGGGCGCUUCGUCAAGAAGGACGGGCACUGCAACGUGCGCUUCGUGAACCUGGGCGGCCACGGCGCGCGCUACCUGAGCGACCUGUUCACCACGUGCGUGGACGUGCGCUGGCGCUGGAUGUGCCUGCUCUUCUCCUGCUCCUUCCUCGCCUCCUGGCUGCUCUUCGGCCUGGCCUUCUGGCUCAUCGCCUCCCUGCACGGCGACCUGGCUGCCCCGCCGCCAACCGCCCCCUGCUUCUCGCAGGUGGCUAGCUUCCUGGCCGCCUUCCUCUUCGCGCUGGAGACGCAGACGUCCAUUGGCUACGGCGUGCGCAGCGUCACCGAGGAGUGUCCGGCCGCCGUGGCCGCUGUGGUGCUGCAGUGCAUCGCCGGCUGCGUGCUGGACGCCUUUGUCGUGGGCGCCGUUAUGGCCAAGAUGGCCAAGCCCAAGAAGCGCAACGAGACGCUGAUCUUCAGCGAGAACGCCGUCGUGGCGCUGCGUGACCGCCGCCUCUGCCUCAUGUGGCGCGUCGGCAACCUGCGCCGCAGCCACCUCGUCGAAGCCCACGUGCGGGCCCAGCUGCUGCAGCCUCGCGUGACCCCGGAGGGUGAGUACAUACCGCUGGACCACCAGGAUGUGGACGUGGGCUUUGAUGGUGGCACCGAUCGCAUCUUCCUUGUGUCUCCCAUCACCAUCGUGCAUGAGAUCGACUCCGCCAGUCCUCUGUAUGAACUAGGACGCGCCGAGCUGGCCCGGGCUGACUUUGAGCUGGUGGUCAUUCUCGAGGGCAUGGUCGAGGCCACAGCUAUGACCACACAGUGUCGCUCUUCCUACCUCCCUGGUGAGCUGCUCUGGGGACAUCGUUUUGAGCCGGUCCUCUUCCAGCGUGGCUCCCAGUACGAGGUUGACUAUCGCCACUUUCAUCGCACUUAUGAGGUCCCAGGGACACCUGUCUGCAGCGCCAAGGAGCUGGACGAACAGGCAGAGCGUGCUUCCCACAGCCCCAAGUCUGGCUUCCCCGGCUCUCUGACAGCAUUUUGCUAUGAGAAUGAACUUGCUCUCAGUUGCUGCCAGGAGGAAGAGGAGGAAGAGGAGGAAGAGGAGGGGGAUGCGGCAGAGGCAGAAGACAGGGCUGCCAGCCCCCGAGUACUCACACCAACCCUGGCGCUGACCUUGCCCCCAUGAUACAAGCUGGUACCCCCCUAUUUGUACCCCUUUCCCAGAGGUAGCAAGAUGGAGAGAUUGGGCCCUCUCCUGGGAUGAGGGCAGGUGUUUCCUAAGACCAACAGGCUUGCUGGGUAAAUUAUUAGCUGGUGAUGUUCUGCCACGUCUAGUGGACCUACCAAUGAACAUACUGGACCUUAAUUCCUCUGAAUUCUGUGCUCCCUCCUGAGACCCCUUUGUCAGCCCAAUUCCUGAGUCUCCCCAGAGAUAAGGGAUCCAGAAUUCGGGACCACCCAAGAGGCAAGGACUGGUAUUUCUAGAUUCCUCUAGGUGGCUGGUUUGGUUUGUUAAGCAGGAUCAUGAAAUGAUGGUAUAGCCAAGCUCCAGGGAAAGAAGUCAUCUGUUCUCAAGCAGCAGCAGAGAUGAAGAAUUUGUUGGUCUGAACUGACCUAAGAUUCAAGGGACUGUUUCUUCUCGACUCAGCCAACCACAUAGCAAAUCAUUUUUUCUAGACGACCUAAGGAGGGAAAGUUAUGGAAUGCCCCAAGAAUUCAAGACUAUAUUGAUUGACCAAUGACAAGGAAUGUUGAUUGCAAAUCAGGAAAAGACUUUGCGGUUCCAGAAAACCCCAGUGUUGAGAUUCUGUGAAUCCAGAUUGACCACAGAGGCAAGCACUGGGGAUUCUAGAACAGCUUUGACCAGAGAAUUGGACUACUCCAGAAACUAAAGAGUUAUGUUUCUAGAAUGCACAAAACAAAUGGAGAGUCUGUGGGUCUAGAAGGACUAAAGUGACAGAUUGGGAGUUCUUGAUGGGCGAUAACUCCAGACCACUGGCUCUAGAACAUCGAACCAAGGGGGAGAAUCAACGCUCUACAUGAUCCACAGGCUUUGUGUCUUUUUUAAGUGCCAUUCUAGAAUGUCCAAAGGAAUCAAGAUUCUGUAGCUCUAGAUCGAUCACAGAGUCAGGGAAGGAUCGGCAAUUCUGAUGUCUGAGGUGUGCUGGUUGCAGUUUGCCCAGUGGAGUGGAGACUGUCAAUGAGGAUAGAUGACUUCUUUAUGGUUCUGUAAUGCCAAAAGGAAUCAAGGCUCCAGGGAUCCAGAGUUGUCCGUUAUCAAAACCCAGAAGUUCUAAUCAGCUCCUAGAACUUGGCAGUUUGAGGAGGUGGACUCGGGACUUGACGGGCAGCAUUGCUGGGCUGACCUAGAAGGUGAGGGCUCGGGUGAGACCCUGUGGGUAACAGGGCUAGUUAUUGGGCAAGGGAAGGGAG